GCCAGUAUCAAAUUUGAAUUUGUUAGUGCUUCUCUGCUUUUCGAUUUGAUACAGAAAGAGAGAGAUAGUGAAGAGAAUUCAACAUGAGGAUUACAAUUUUGGCUAUUUUCAUCGGGCUCUGUUGCCUUCAGAUGGCAGCAGGAUCCCCUGAACCAGGACUCUUCUCCAAUAUUUUCAGUGGUGUAACCAAUACUGCUAAUAACAUUUUUAAAGGAGUCACCCAGGCUGCAACCAACGUGGUCGAUACUACAACAUCAGUUAUCUCCAAAACAGUCGAUACAGCAGCAAAGAGCGUAUCCAAUAUCCCUGUUGUUGGGACUAUCGCAACAGCUACAUCAAAUGUUGUGAAAGAGGCAGAGAAGGUGAUUGAUAAUACUGCUCAAACUGCUGCCAAUACUGCCACUGCUGUUUCUGAUGCCGUGACCACAACAGCCAACAACAUGGCUACAACAGCUAACGACGUCAUGGAUGCCAUGUUGAGACCAUUAGGCAGCACAAACGGCACAAGCAUUUGCCAGAGCAUCGAUAACAUCGUCAAUGACCUCUUUGGCACCAUGCAAAGUGGCGCCGCUAUGCCUGCCAAUGCAAACACCUUCCUGAGAACGGCUGAUACAUUCACUGCUAACCUCCUGAGCACCUUUGCCCUGCCUAAUUUGAAUCUGAAUGACAUUGCUGCCUUCUUGGGCAUCACCGACGUCCCCAAUCUCGUGAAUGGCGUCCUUACAAGUGGAACUAACAUUUUUAAUGGUAUCUUCAACAACAACGGCAAUUUUGAUGUCAACGCAUUGUUCACCAAUGGCACCCAACUCCUUCUCGAUGCUGCUCAACUUGCCCUCCUGCCCUUCCUCAUCAAGAUUCGCUUUAAGAUUCUCCUCGCCCUUACGGCUCUCAAUCUUCUUGCUCAAGCUGCCAAUGCCACCGCUAACGCCAUCAACGGAUAAAAUACAAUGAAAUAGAAUCUUUUUUUCUUCUUCUUCAAGAAACCAAUUGUGCCGCAUAAUAAUAGCUAAAUAAAUCUCCCACCAUAGAUGACGGUGAUGACAAAUUGUUACGUAUCUGUACCAUAUUGAUAAGACAAUAAAGGUAGAUGAUGAAGAAAA